AUGGCGGCUCGGCUCCCGGCGUCUGAGCUGGACUGCGGAGCGGGGAGUUCGACGUUUGGUUCGACUGAAAACACAGCAACAUGUGAGUUACUACUUCAAGGUGUCCUCGUCCCCUCUGUGUCCUCUGUCCCACUGUCUCCUGCAGGUGUCCUCGUCCCCUCUGUGUCCUCUGUCCCACUGUCUCCUGCAGGUGUCCUCGUCCCCUCUGUGAGUUCUGGUCUGAAGCAGGAAAACCCAGAAAGUCCACAGAUCAGCGAGGAGCCAGAGGAACAUGGCAUCAAACUGGAGGAAGAUCUGCUGCAAAUAACUGUGGGAGUGAAGGCAGAAGAACACAGUCUGCUCCAGGAAAUCCCACAAAGUCCACAGACUAAAGAGGAGCCAGAGGAAGUGAGGAUCAAACACGAGGAGGAGCCGCUACAGAAGAGUGGUCACUGCCUCAAAGACAAAGUGAGCACAGAGAGGAGACACAGGGAGAAGACAUCAGCCCAGAGUCUGAGGGAGACACAGAGCACUCCUCUGACCACCACCAGGAUGAAGACCUUCAUCUUCAGCCUGUGUCCUCAGAGACAGAUGAUGAUGGAGACGACCACCACAGAAAGCCCAAUGUUCGGUUCUGUUGGAAACACUGCACUUUCUUCAUGUGUCCUCGUCCCCUCUGUGUCCUCUGUCCCACUGUCUCCUGCAGGUGUCCUCGUCCCCUCUGUGAGUUCUGGUCUGAAGCAGGAAAACCCAGAGAGUCCACAGAUCAGCGAGGAGCCAGAGGAACAUGGCAUCAAACUGGAGGAAGAUCUGCUGCAAAUAACUGUGGGAGUGAAGGCAGAAGAACACAGUCUGCUCCAGGAAAUCCCACAAAGUCCACAGACUAAAGAGGAGCCAGAGGAAGUGAGGAUCAAACACGAGGAGGAGCCGCUUCCUGUGUGUGUGAAGACAGAAGAGUGGUCACUGCCUCAAAGACAAAGUGAGCACAGAGAGGAGACACAGGGAGAAGACAUCAGCCCAGAGUCUGAGGGAGACACAGAGCACUCCUCUGACCACCACCAGGAUGAAGACCUGCAGCCUCUGUCUUCAGAUGAUGAUGAAGAUGGGGAUGAAGAUGGGGAUGCAGACAGCGACCACAGAAACACAGUGACGUCACGGCUCUGGGUCAGCCCUCGCGCAGCCCUGCGGCCACGCAAGUACGCGCCUCCAGCAACGACUGUGCCGUCCGCCCCGAGGCCUCCCGCUUCCACGCAAGCCUCCUUUCUGGUUGGAAUCUACGAACUGUUCAUCACCAGCCUCUCUCCUUGGCUCGCGUGCACCCAGCAGCUAGACGGUCCAACUCUGUAA